AUGAGUGAAUCGAAGAGGCUCAACAAGCGACAGGCGCGGGAGCUGCAGGAGCUGCAGGAGCUUGAGGCGCUCGGUGGAGCUGCGGUCGGUUCUGGAAGUGCAGCUGGCAACUCCCAUGUCGUCGGCGAAGCGCCAGCAGAUGGAGACGAGAACGAAGAAGGGGAGCUUGAGGCGGACGACACGACGCCUGCGCCAAAGGCUAGCCUGUUUGCUCAACUGGGUGAGGAGGAUGAGGAAGAUGAGAGCGACGCGGACGAGGAUAUCACCGCGACAGUCGUCAAGAGCAAGUCAAAGAAGAAAAAGAACAAGAAAAAGAAGAAGAGGAACGCUGCAGCAGGAGCAUUAGAGAGCAUUGAUACCGAACACAAGGAUGGAGAAGCAGGGGACGAUGGGCAAGAGGAAAGGGACGACGAGGACGAUGAGCCCGACGGAGAAGAGGAGCAGGGGGGGCAAGGGAUGCCAAAGGAGAGCAAAGGGGCCAAGAAACGGAGAAAGAAGCGGGAGAUCCAGCAGCAACAGCAACAACAGCAAAAGGCUUCGGAAAAGGAGAAGAAGAAUAUCUCCGACAUGUCGAUGGAUGACUUUGCUGCAUUGUUAGCCGCCCAGGCCAAAGUUGAUGGCGCAGGAGGCGAUGGUGAAGCACAGGUCUUGGGAAGCGGGCCGCCAGCAGGCUCUCCCCUGGCCAGGCUGAGAGCGAAUCUGGCACUUGCUGCGUCAGCCUUGGAUCCAGCCAUAGAGCUCAAGCGGCAAUUUGGCGCAGCGGCCAUCAAGGCCUACGAGAAUGAGGCCGGCGGAGGGGGUGGAAGGGAGGCAGCUCGGGCUCGAGCGGCAGCCCUUGCGCACAACUCGAAUCUGCGAGCGCACAACAUCCUCAUCCAGCCCAAGGAGACAUGGCCCCCCAUCGCGCGUACCGUUACGGGCCUGACGAUGGAGAUGAUACCAAUCGAAGGCCGCGGCAAGCUGGGCGCCUGGGUGCAUUCCAAGAACUACAAGCGAGCUCAGCUGCAGUUCCUGCAGAGCGUCCAGUCGUACGACCCGAACCAUCUCUACAACCUCCUUCGCACCUUUCCCUGGCACAUCGACACGCUCCUCCAGCUCAGUGAUGUCUCGCGGCACCAGGGUGAUCUUGGCCAGGCCAGCGACUUCAAUGCGCGUGCACUCUUUGCCUUUGAACGCACCGCCAGCUCGGCAUUUACAGGCGCCCUACUCUCGUCCUCAGGCCCGCCUCAGGUCGAUUUUGACCGGAUUGAGAACCGCGGCUUCUGGCUGGCUGCGCAUCGCAACGUCAACUUCCUCGGCAGGCGGGGCACCUGGCGCACGGCACUCGAGUGGGUCAAGCUUCUCAUCGGCCUCGACAGCGAAACGGACCCACACGGCAUGAUUCUCUGGCUCGACUUUCUCUCCAUCAAGGCAAGGCAGCACCGCUGGCUGCUCGACACCAUUGACAAGUGGGAUGCAGCAAGGAGCGCCGACUUGCAGAGCUCUGGCUUGCCGAUUCAAGGGGCAAAGACACCCUUCGACCCACCACCGUUACCAGACGCAACGAGCGCCGACGAGGCAAAGGGCUCGCUCGACUGGUGCCUGGGCCUGUCCUACGCCCGCGCCCUAGCCCUGCGUUUGGUAGAGAAGGAAGAGAGCAGCGGCAGCAAUAGUGACGGUGCGACGUCUGCGUCGUUUGAGAAGAGCACGCUGGCGCUGAAGCAGGCCAUGGCGAGGCACCCACAUGUGCUGCCCCUUCUCUUUGAAAAGAUCGGGCAGCCGUUCCCCGUAGAUGCGUCGCAUGCCAUCUUUGCGAUGCCCGAUGCUGCUGCGUACGACGGCCACCAAGACGCAGAGGCUGAAGCUGGCCUCGCAGCGCUGCUGGCACACGUCUACGUCUCGCGCAACGAGAGCCUGUGGAAGGAGUCUGCCGUCGCCUCGUGGCUCAGCAAGACUCUCUGUGAAGCUUUCCCGGUCCUCACCGCUGAUCCCGCGGCAGGUAAAGCGCACGGCGACAUCGAGAAAGCAAAGACGGACAGCCUGACAAAGCUCGGCAUCUACCGCCACGUCCUCGUGUCGGACCUGCCCGACGCGCUGAGACAGACGCUUAUUGGUCUCAUCCCGCGCAAAAUCACCGCCAUGCAGGGCGCUCUCGACUCCUACGAUCCCUUGCCGCCGGUGCAGUAUGGCGAGGAGGAGAACCCAGUGACGAGGUACGACGACGAGUACUUUAGACCAAUCAUGGGCGGCGGUGGCGGCAGUGGCAGCGGAGGGCAGGGCAUGCGGCAGGCACCCUCGAGGGGCAUGAUGCAGCGCCUCAUGGCCGCCAUGCGAGAGCUGAGGGGCGGCAUGGGCAUCGAGGGCUGGGAGAAUAUGGACGACGAGACAAGGCAGGACGCCCUGGCGGAGCUCAUGAUGGCCGCCCACGGCAACGGCCAGAUGCCCGGCGAGCUGGCGCACCUGUCUGGCGACGAAGACGCAGACGGUGAAGGCGCGGGCCCCGAGGGCGAGCAGCAAGGCCCAUUUCAGCUAUUUCGCAACCUCAUAGGCGGCUUCUGGGGCGCUGAAGGGCAAGCAGAGGAAGAGGAAGCAGAUGCCGGCGCUCAGGACGACGGGAGAGAGCCCCGGCAGUAG